AUGCCAGAAGCUUCGGUUUGCUUUAGUUUAAGGAAAAUGGCUCUGGGUUAUGGGAAGGUCCAUGAUGACAAUGUCGAUGACGUCAUCAACAAAGAACUAAACUCGAAAAUCCACCUAUGGCGGUCCUUAAGUGUCGGCAGUUCGGAGGUUGCCAACAAUGAUGACUUCCCAUUAAAAUCGGGCUCAAUUUGUAAUGGGUCGACUGUCGAGAAUGGCUCCGAACUCUGCUCCGAUAUCGGGCCUUCAGCCUCCAUCGUGGCAGCUGAAAUGUCUCGAAAACUCCAACCGCAGCCUGAAAAUAUACCAAACCCUAGAAAAUAUGAGCAUGUUGACCACCACGAGACGGGUAGCUCUAUCCUUGAGGAGCUCACAAUCGAGGAGGCCCGAGCCAAGGGCUAUAGGCGGGUCUCAACUCGGGAUAGGUGGCGAAAAUCAAUGGCGGCCUCUGAAGACAACGACGAUGAGUCGGAGCUAUUGUGGGACAAGGAUGGGAGGAGGAGGCACUCGCGGAGGAGUUCAGAUGGGGGCUUGUUUUCGUGCUUGGUGUAUGGGAUUGAGUUCACGAUAGUGUGUGGGGCCGCGAGCAAAAACGGGCGUGGGAAUAAAAGUGGGAAAAGGAAUAAGAAGACGAGUAGCGAGGCAAGUUCGGCUUGA